UUAGGGUUCUUGAUGGCUAUGGCGGUGGUACGCAAUGAAGGCGUGGACGAGCACGGCGUCGCGCGUCUCCUCCUCAACCGGCCACACAAGGGUAAUGCCCUGGACGACUCCCUCUUCCGCGAGCUCCCGAUCGCGCUGCGAGCUCUGGACGAUGAUCCACAGGUGCGCGUGGUGCUGCUGUCAGGGAGUGGCCCCAAUUUCUGCUCGGGGAUCGACACCAACAUCCUCAGCACAAAAUCGUCUUCCUCCCCUUCCUCCAGUAGUGGCGAUGGCGAUGGCGCUCGCGGCCGCGAGAGAUUCGGCGCAUACAUCAGGUGGUUGCAAGACUCCCUCUCGGCCCCGGAGGUUUGCCGCAAGCCAGUCAUCGCGAUGAUCCACGGCGCGUGCAUUGGCGGCGGGAUCGACCUCAUCACGGCCUGCGACGUGAGGUACUGCACCAGGGAUUCGCUCUUCUCCGUCAAGGAGGUGGAUCUAGGAAUCACUGCCGAUCUGGGAAGUUUGCAGCGCCUUCCAGCGAUCGUGGGCUACGCAAACACGAUGGAACUGGCGCUCACGGCGCGGAACUUCGAUGGCAAGGAGGCCAAGGAGCUGGGACUGGUGAGCCGGGUGUUUGAUUCCCGGCAGGAAAUGGAGGCCGCGGUGGGAUCGCUGGCAGGAGCGAUUGCGGGGAAAUCCGAGCUCGCUGUGCGCGGCACCAAGGCUGUUCUUGUCAAGGGGCGUGACAUGAGCGUGGCACAGGGACUGGACUACGUUGCCGCGCGAAACUCGGCAUCGAUGUCUUUCCAGGACGUUGCUGAGGCCAUUCGAGCUCGAAAGGAGAAACGAAAGCCCGCAUUUUCCAAGCUCUAGUGGAUAACCUAGUUUAGCUAAAAAGUGUUUUGGUUUGCUUAAAGGACUUUAAUAAUUGCCACCAAUUGUGCUAGUAGGCAUCAUCAUUUGAUUUCUAGA